AUGUUCGCGUGCUUAUUAUUUAGGGCUGUUAGAUCAGAAAUAACAGUUGGUAUGCCAAAUCCUAAGUACGGCACUAAACCAAACCAUUUUGAUGUUAUCUAUAAGUAUCAAGACAAAUUAAUUGAUUUCUCAUUUUUUGAUCAAGGCACUUCCACUAAAUUAAUUGUAGAUGGAGAGGAGUUCGAACCAAAGACAUUAAGUCCUGGACCAUAUGGUGGACUCAUUCUUGAUGUCAAAUCCAAAGAAAUAACCCCGAAUGAUGCAAAUAUUAAAUUUAUAAUUACAAAUACAAAUAAUAAAGCAGUUAAAUUCAAGUUAGGAACAUACACAGACAUUGCUUUUAAAUCAGACAAAGGUGAGGAAAAUACAAUAGAACCUCAAUGGUCAAAAACCAGAAAUGGUGAUGCUCAAGGAUACUUUGCUUAUGCAGUUACUUCAUCUGUAGAACCAUCAUGGCAAAGACUUGUUAUUGAUCAUUAUCCAUUUAUUGAUGUCGAUUUCAAGAAACCAGAUAAUUUUUGGUAUGGAAGAUACAGCGAAAUUAGUAACAAAUCAAAUAAAUGGUUCUUGAAUUUUCCAAAGGGAACAAUACCAGAAUCAAAAAAGCCCCAAGGAUCAGAUGAUCUAGUUACAUCAUACUCAUGGAAUGAGCAGACGAUUGGACCAAAUCAGACCGUUGUUUAUGGAGUUCAUAUGUAUUUUGUAAUGGAAAAUCCACUUGACAUGAUUGCAGAAGAAUUCCGUGUCCCUGUUGAGCUUGGAAAAACAGCAAGACUUCAUCCUUGGAUGAGGCUCCUUACUGUUGAUAAAUAUUAUCAAAUUGUUUGUACUGAUUUAUCAACAAAUUCAGUAGUUAAACAAGCACGUUUUCAAGCCAAAGUUACAAUGGAUCAUUAUGGAAUAGAUAUAGCACAAAGUAAUAAUGAGGGUGAAACCAAAUAUAAGUUAUAUUUCCAAGACGAUCAAACGAAAGCAAAAUCUAAUGAAAUAAUCAUCACUGUUACACGAUCUACUAAACCAACAUUAACUGUCACAAUGCCCGCUUUUGAAAAAACAUUUUUGAAUCAAUCAGAUGUAAUUAAUGCAAAAUUUACGGCGACAUCAUCAAUAGGAAUUAAUAUUUCAGCCGAAUUAUAUGACCAAUAUAAUAUUUUGCGGAAACAAACAUUAACUGAAUAUCAAACCAGCAAUAAAACAUCCAAAACUGUCACAGAUGCAUUCAAAUAUGAAUUAAAGGAUUUGAGAUCUGGAAAAUACUGUUUGAGAUUACGUGCAAUAAAUUCAAUGGGUCUACCAUCCGAUUCAAUUGAUAUUAACUUCACGAUGGAUUUUGCCACGUAA